CUGGAAGCUGCAACUCUCCCGAAACGCCGGGUCGCAAAGAAAGCAGAAUCACCAAGAAAGCUUCAGGUGCGCGCACUGGGAGCACUGCUGAGAUAUCUAGAUUCGGCUCGCAUCGGGGUUGAAUUCGAACCGCUCAAUGUCCGCACACCCGUCACCUCUAUCAAAACAAUAGUCGUGGACGAAAUGGUCGAAAUUGAUAAGGCUACAUAUUAUGCUCUAGAUAUUUUUGCAGAAAAUAAGAAAGCCGAGAGAAGCUAUCGUCACGGCGCCAUUCGUCCGCAUUCUGCUGUGUCCCUGUUCAGCCUGUGCAACAGAUGUAAAUCCGGUGACUGCAAUCUAGACAUCACUGCAAAAAUCUACGGUCUCCUAGGAUCCAUGAGGAGCAUGAAGUAUAUUCUAAACCGUCUGAGAUCUGGUACUGCAAAAGUUAAACAUUGGGAGAGCCUUUACAAGAUGAUUUCAAAUGCGGUGUCGAUCGGUAGGUACAUGGAAGCUUCAGGCACAAAGCUGUCGCUAGUGGAAGAUGAUAUAGGAUGUUUUGGAGACACUUUGGCAGAAACAAUGGCUGUAUUGGGCGCAAUGAUUGACUUUCGCGAAUCGCUUGUAGAAAAUCGAAUAGUGGUUAAUUCUGGUGUUGAUCCUGAAUUGGACAGAGCAAAAGAGCUCUACCGACGGCUGCCUGGAAUUCUCACACAAGUUGCACAAGACGAAUCCAAGCGUCUGCAGGCUGACACAUGUUCGGUGGCAUAUGUACCAAUGAUAGGCUAUUUGCUAGCAGUGCCGUACGACUUCAAUGUGGACCAGUUUGAUGACCUUCAAGUGAUCUUACUCGACCGAUAUAUACGAUUGAAAUCGUUUGAAGAGAGCAAACGAAUGAGGGAGCUCGAUGAGGAACUGGGCGAUGUGAAAAUGAAAAUAAUAGAUAAAGAAACUACCAUUACCAUCAGGAUGUCAUCGUUGAUAUUGUCGCGUUCGGCGAUGCUUCUUGGAGUUGAACGUGUUGCUUCUUCGCUGGAUGCGGCAAUUUCUCUUGCACUGACAGCAAGGCAGCUAGGCACAAAGAACAUCAAAGAACGUGAAAGGCAUGAAAUCUGGCCUCGCGGUCGACGACAAGUGGGAUUACUUGUUUUUCUCGCACAUAUUGGAAGCUUCGUUCCUGCGGAAGUAGCUCACAUAGGGAUGGUGAAGCGAAUAUUUUCGAGAAUAUAUACGGUGGAUUCAGUGCUCGAUGGCAUGAGUACUUUUGCUAGCGAUUUAAAUCAGGUUUCGAUUGCGUUGCGACGAGGCAACGAGCGUUCUCUUGUCAUUAUUGACGAAUUCGGAAAAGGAACAAUGACCGAAGUUGGCCUCUCGUUGCUAGCGUCGACUAUAUCUUACUGGGCUGCGAAGGGACAAACCGGCUGCCCUCAUGUUUUCGUUUCAUCCCACUUUCAUGCUCUGCCAAACUUUGUAACUGAUGAACAGGAUGUCGUCUCUUACCAUACAAUGGAAGUGCGUUGUCGAGGAGCAGAACUUGAUUUUCAAUAUCGACUUGUUGACGGUGUGGUGGAUUCAUCAUACGCAGCAUACAUAGCCUGCAAAAUGGGAAUACCAUAUGAUGUUGGAGACCGUGCAAAGCAGGUACGCAUUGUUUUUCUAAAGUGA